CGCUUUCGCGUACCCAAUCAGAGACGCAGAGCCACCAUAUACAGCUCGCACGCGGCGGCGGCGCAACCAUACGCGAUUCCACCGGCACCGGAGCAGCCGAGAGCCAGAGAGAGAGAGAGAGAGAGAGAGAGAGUGGGGAGAGGGGAGGCCAUGGCGAUGUGGGUGUUCGGGUACGGGUCCCUGGUCUGGAACCCCGGCUUCGCGCACGACGCCCGCCUCGUCGGCUUCGUCAGGGACUACCGCCGCGUCUUCUACCAGGGGAGCACGGACCACAGGGGCACGCCGGAGUUCCCCGGGAGGACCGUCACGCUCGAGCACCGGCCCGGUGCGACAUGCUGGGGAGUUGCCUACAGAAUUUCAAGGGAGCAAGAUAAGCAGACAGCUCUGGAGUAUCUGGAAGUAAGAGAGAAGCAAUAUGAUGAGAAGAUAUACCUUGACCUGUAUACAGAUUCUUCACCAAAAACACCAGCCGUCCAAAAUGUGAUGGUGUACUUGGCGACAACAAACAAGGAGACUAACGAAAACUACCUGGGCGCUGCACCGCUGGAAGAAAUGGCCAAGCAAAUUUACCUAGCUGAAGGCCCAGCUGGACCUAACAAAGAGUAUCUGUUCAAACUCGAGGAUGCAUUGAGCAAAAUUGGAGCUGCUGAUCCACAUGUCCAAGAACUGGCAAACGCUGUGCGCAAAUAUUCAGACACAAUGCUAUCUUGCUGAAGGAUUGCAUUUACACCCCUUCCCUUUCCAAGGGUGAAAAUAUCCUGAAGGAAGUUAGAUCAAUUUAUGCUCAAACAUCUCAUUAUUGUAAGGUGUGGACGGGUUGCGCCGAUAUUCUUGUCCAUCUGUAGAUGGCAGUAGAGAAAAUGCAUUGGGGAUUUACAUAGUAAUCUGGGUAUGAAAACUACCAAAUUAUUUCGUUUCAAA